GACCUGGGUUACUGGAGACUCGCAUCAUGGUCACUAAGGACCUGGGGUUACUGGAGACUCAGUACAUGGUCACAAAGGACCUGGGGUUACUGGAACUCAGUAUCAUGGUCAGAAACGGACCGGGGGUUACUGGAGACCCAGCAUCAUGGCCCACUACGGACCUGGGGUUACUGAGACUCAGUAUCAUGGUCACAAACGGACCUGGGUUACUGGAGACUCAGAAAUCAUGGUCACUAAGGACCUGGGUUAAACUGGAGACUCAGCAUCAGGGUCACUAAUUCCUGGGUUUACUUGGAGACCUCGCAUCAUGGUCACUACGGACCUGGGUUAGGGAGACUCAUUAUCAUGGUCACUAAGACCUGGGGUUACUGGGCCCUCAGCAUCAUGUCACUAAGGACCUGGGGUUACGGGAAACCCCCGCAUCAUGGUCCUACGGACCUGGGGUUACUGGAGACUCAGCAUCAUUGGUCACUAAGGACCUGGGGUUACUGAGACUCAGCAUCAUGGUCACUAAGGACCUGGGGGUUACGGGAUACCCAGCAUCAUGGUCACUAAGGACCUGGGGUUACUGGAGACUCACAUCAUGGUCACUAAGGACCUGGGUUACUGGAGACUCAGCAUCAUGGUCACUAAGGACCUGGGGUUACUGGAGACUCAGUAUCAUGGUCACUACAGGACCUGGGGUUACUGGAGACUCAGCAUCAUGGUCACUAAGGACCUGGGGUUACUGGAGACUCAGCAUCAUUGGUCACUAAGGACCUGGGGUUACUGUAGACCCACAUCAUGGUCACUAGGACCUGGGGUUUACUGGAACUCAGCAUCAUGGGUCACUAAGGACCUGGGGUUACUGGAGACUCAGUAUCAUGGUCACUACGGACCCUGGGGUUACUGGAGACAUAUAAUUCCAAUUAUUAGAACAGACAUUCCCAUUGAAGUCAAUGUUCCGUGGCGGGUGUACUGGCGGCUAUGGGUGUACAAUGGUCUGAGGGGCUAUGUUCAUUCUAGUGAUUCUAAUUCUAUGACUGUAACUCAUUUUAAUGGUCCUAAUUCUAUGACUAACUAAUUCUAGUGAUUCUAAUUCUAUGACUAACUCAUUCUUUCACUGCAGUACACUUAAAGGGCACCUGUCAUAUUUAGUCCUGAAUGAGGACUACUCAAUGACAUGACUAUUCAAUUUAAUAAUAAUCAACAUUUGUGACAGAUAUUAGGUUUUUGCUGAUGAUGUACUACUAGGCUUUCCCUGGAUAUUUUCUUAAACUAUCAGUAAAUCAUAAUGGAACAGAAUCAGUAUCUGAUUUGGACAGCAUCAUGACAGCAGUAUUAAGUGAGGCAAGGAUCAUAGGCAGACCAUCAAUAUGAAUAUGUGACUAACCUGUUUCCCACAUUUUAAAGCAUAGAUGUUACAGUAUGUGUAGAGUCUUACACUGUCACCAUGACAACCAAACAUUGAGUGUACCAGACAAUCUGACUGUUAGAGUAGUUACGUUUCCUAGAAAAGACACACACAGGCAGUGUGUCUGGUAUUUGGUGGACUCUACAGGCUCCAGCAGCCGCAUCAACAAAUCCACAGAGCCUUAGGGGGAGAAAAUAGUUCACAAAUCAGUACCGGGGCCACGUUCAAGGGAAUUUGGAUAGAGAGAGAAGGACGAAGAGUGAGAAAGAGAGAGACAGACAGAAAGAAGAAGAGAAAGAGGAAAGAGACCAAGAUAGAGAGAACGAGAGAGAGACAGAACGAGAGAGAGAGAGACAGAACGAGAGAGAGAGACAGAACGAGAGAGACAGAACGAGAGAGAGAGAACGAGAGAGAGACAGAACGAGAGAGAGAGACAGAACGAGAGAUAGAGAAAGAACGAGAGAUAGAAAGAACGAGAGAGAGAGAGAGAAAAAGAAUGAGAGAGAUAGAGAGACAGAUAGAAAGAGAAGAUAGAGACCAAGAGAGAGAACGUGAAAGAGAAUUAGAGAAAACACAUCUGGACUGGAUCCCUUGAGACAGUCUGGACAACAGACAUUAACAUUAACAUACUGUACUACAAUACCAGGGAGCAUGGAGCUGUACUUACUUGAGGGCAUGGUGUAGGUUUCCUCUUCGUCUAUAAUCUCAGCAUAAUCGUCUGUCUCUGCAGAAACACAACAGCCUCGUGGUCAGUCCAGUCACACACACACACCACCUCCAGAGACGGAUACACACAGAUAAAGCUAGCCAGACACAUACCCCCUUUCACACAAGUAACUACAGCCAGCUGAAAAUAAAUAUGCGAGUCACAUAGCAAGUGCUCCUCGGCAAAUUCCCACACUGCCGGACACAGAGCGAGACACACGCGUUCUCUCGUACACGCACACACUCGGCCUCGUACAGUAAACACACACAGAAACACAAGCAUUUGCGCUCGAAACUCUCACAGUUUCAGCCGCAUAUCUGUCUGCUCUGUCUGUCUGUCUAGCCAAUCAGAACUCAGCAGUACAGCUGGGCUUCUGGGUUAGGGGUGAAGAAGAGGGGAGGAGAGGGGACGUGGAGACGGAGGGGGGGGAUGGAACCAGUUAUUCCCUUUCUCUUCACGAGAGAGAAAGAGAGAGAAGAGCUCUACAGAGAGUAGUGUGCACGGUCCAGUCCAUCACUAGGCCGAGCUCCCUGCCAUCCCCCAUCCCCUAGAUAAACAGACUUAGGUGUUUACAGUAUGUGAACGGCCUCUGGCUGUCCAAUCUUGACUUGAUCGAAAAUGGUCAUUCGCUAGCUGUGCCGUCUUGGCUACUGUUCCUCUUAGGGAAGGGAGAACACCAGAUCGUGUAGUGUUUAGCCAGCCGCCAGGCGGCCCAUUUUAGACAGGAAGGAAAGCAGUGCCACGGAGCUCUGCUCUUCCAGCCAAACUCAGCUCUCUUCACGGGGCCGAGCUGGGAGAGGGCUUGGAGCUGGGCCCUUAAAGACGCAGGCAGAGAGCAGGAGUGCUGAUCUAGGAUCAUGUUCCCCCAUUGUCUAUCUAAUCUUAUUCAUUGUGAUAAAAAAUGAAAAACUGAUCCUAGAUCAGCAUGCCUAAUCUGAGACUCUUUGUGAAUACCGGUUCAGAUUUUAGGACAGAAAAACUGAACAAACCUGGGUUCAAACAGCCUAGCAUUUGUUUUCUUUCAAAUACUUUAAUCUGUGAUUGAUUAGGCUUGUCUGGCACCAUGGAACCAAUGGAAUAGUCCCAAAAGUUCAAACCCCGCCAAUUUGGCACUGUAGACAGGCUCAAACUCAAUCGAUUCGAAUCACAUGGCAGCACUGCACCUCGGACAGAUUUCAGCACAAUUUUCAGCACAUUUUCUAGAGACGUUAAAAGUUACAUUGAUUCCCUAACUCCAAUCACGUCUAUUGCAUGAUUAGUGCAUUACCAAUGACAAACCUCUAGAAGCAGAUAGAUAACAACAGAUUCAUUUAAUUUGAUUCAUGAUUCAUGUGAUUGAUAUGAUUCAUGAGUCAUCAUAGGGAACAUACAGUAGAGUCAUACACACAACACAACACAAACCCCCAGAAUCCCUCAUGGCCCCAGUGAGUUAGUAGCAGGUGACAGGAAGGAAUGGAGGGAAAUAUUAAAAGAAGCCAAACAUUACCAUCCCCACUACAAUCCUCUGCAGGUCCAAGGAGAGCAUGCAAAACAGAGAGAAUGAGGGAGAGAGAGAAAGAAAGGGGAGAGAGGAAGAAGAGAGAAGAGAGAGAGAGAGAUAGAGAGAUAGAGAGAGAAGGAGAGAGAGAGAGAGAGAGUGAUAGAGCGCUCUUAGAGAAGAUAGUAAUCUAUACAUUUUUUAUCUCUACGCCUUCUGCGUAUAGUAGAUCGACCUCGCUCUGUUUCUCUCUUCUAGCGUCUCUGCUCUCUGCUCUUUUUUCUUUCUCUCUCUCUCUUUUUCUAUCUGUUUAGUCUUCCCUCUCUCUCUCUCUCGUUUCUCUCCCCUCUCUCUCCUCUCUCGCUCUCUCUCUCUCUCUCUCUCUCUCUCUCCUCUCGUCUCUCUCUCUCUCUCUCUCCCUCUCUCUCUCUCUCUCUCUCUCUCUCUGCUCUCUCUCUUUCUCUCUCUCUCCUUCUCUCUUCUCUCCUACCUUUUUUUUCUCUCUCUCUCUCCCUCUCUCUCUCUCUCUCUCUUUGCCUCUCUCUCUUGUUUUCUCUCCUCUUCUCUCUCUCUUCUCUCCUCUUUUUUUUUCUCUCUUCUCUCUCUCUCUCUUCUCUACUCCUCUUUCCUUCUCGUUCUCUCUUCCUCUCUCUCUCCUUAUCCUUUAUCCCACAAUUUUUCAACCAAUUAUAUGGAAAAGUAUAAAAGACAAGGUAUAUUCAUUCAAAAUGAGUUUAAUAAUUGUUACCGUGACACCUUCCCUCAAGACAAGCAGUGACUGGGCAUUUCAACAGUGUAUCCAAUCCAUGCUUUUAUUUAGUAUCAGUGGGAAAGCUUCUACUUUAAAUUGAGUUAGUCUGUCGUUGGAAUGUGUGGAACCUGAUUGAGUUUGGUUGAAGGGACGGCCAGAGCAGUGAACUCCAGCCAGCAUUGUUCGGAGCGGGGUCGGUGGAGUUAAUUGGCUAUCACCUGGCUAUUCUUAGCAUGGGAAGAGGCGAGAUCAGGUGGGACCGUUCUAGCCAUUGAGUGGGCAGAUACGUGUGUGAACAACAGGCACAACUCCAAUAUAAAAGUUGAUUUUUUCAAAGUUGCCGAAAUACCAGGUGCGUCCACUUACAUCAGUGCAUUCGUAACAACCUAACCAUUACGAAACGUAUAUUUGAUCAAAUAAGCCCCACGUAGCAAAUUAGCAAUUACGUUUUUUGUUGACCAAAUUCGAAACUUUCUCAUUGACCUCCAUACAAGAAUUCCUCACUUCGAGGGCUUAUUUUUGUGUACAGAUUUUGAGCGGAGUAAACCCUCUUGCUUCGCAUCUUCCUCUCUGGUGUUGGUUAACUUUGUAGUUAGAUUAUUUUUGUUUUUACACAUCCUUGAGGGCAUAAACUCAGCUGGCAAAAUCCAGCUGAAUUUAUAGCGAUAUAUAGGAUAUCUACAUCUGUGUGAUUAUAGCAAUAUAAACAGAUGGUUAUUAAGUCAGAAAGCUAUUAAAGGGUGUUUCAUCUUUAACCUCUCAGAAGCUAUAGGUCAUCUGCCUGGUUGCUGACGUGGCCUUACAGCAGUCCUGCACCAUCAGCCCAGUAACAGCCCAGUCAGGCUCUGGUGCAUCCCAAAUGGGGAUAGCACCUUAUUCCCUUUAUAGUGCACUACUUUUGACCAUGGCCCAUAAGGCAAUAGGGUGUCAUUUGGGACUCAGCCUCUAUUGGUUUUGCGGGCCGUGACUCGACUACAAUCAGCAGGCGACACACCUUCCCGGGAAAAAAUUAAAUGUGUAAUUAAUUUGAUCUUGCAGUCUUGGAAAGCUGGAUCGGUUUAAAGGUGUUUUAUUCUAAGACACGACAGGGAUAGGGCAUGAGCGAUGAGAUGUGUUUAAUCUCAUUGAGGAGAUAUUCCUUUUUUCCCGGCAGGCUAGUUCUGUUCGGCCAUUGUAGCUGUUGCUUUGUCAGGCAUUUUUAGAGAGGGUUUCUCAACAGAACUUUCUAUUGACAUCUCCACACUUCACCUCAAUCCCCUACACACUUGUUACGUGGCCCUGUGUGUUUGUUUGUGUGUGUGUGUGUGUGUGUGUGUGUGUGUGCGUUGGGGAUUUGGGCACUCAGUGUGGCAGACAUGGUUAGUCAGAGAAAAACAGGAAGCAGGGUCAGUCUAGUCAGCCAAUCAGAGCAGUGGUACCCUUUGACGAAGAGUCAUGUGCACAGUAGACAAAAGGAAGGAGAAAGCGCCUGGCUUUAGCAGGUUUAGGAGGUGUUGGGAUCACAGAGUUGACAGAGUCUUCAGCCAAUCAGAGAGAGGGAUGAGAGAGCGGGAGAGAUGGUGAGAAGAAGAGAUGAAUAGUGCUUCUGACAAAAAAAGCUCUGGGGUGUUUCCCCCAGGUACACAUUUAGGAUCAGCUUCCCCUCUGUCAAUCCUAACCUUAACCAUUAGUGGGGAAAAUGCUAAACUGACCCCAGAUCAGUGUCUAGGGGCAACUUCACCACAGAACACACAUUGAGCAGCAGACAGCAUUUGUGAAGGAGUGAUGAAUGUUGGUGUGACGGAGUCCGAAACUUUUCCCAUAUUCCAGAGAACAUUUUAAAUUUCCAUUUACACCUCAGAAAUCAUUAUCACUCUGGCAUGCCUGUUAUGAAACUACAUGAAAUACGUCAAUAAUAAAAAUAUUAAUCAAUCUCUCCUUUCUUAUACCGACCAACAGGGUAGUCAAAACCGACAUGGCAGCGCUAGCCUCACUUUAAAUACGUCAUUUCUGACAGCAUAGUAAUAAAUCCUUCACUAUUCUACACCGGGGCUAAGGAAUUGAUUUCCACUUCUUCAAAAGGUCUUGGAUAUGACUGUACACUGACACAAUAUCGAAUGAAUUCAGUUAAAUAUAUUGGAUUUAUGCUUUAGCUUUUUUUUUAGGGCUUUUCUCUCUGAGCCCUUUCUGAGUAAUAGCAUUGAUGGAUGGUAUCAAGAACUGGUGUAAACAUGGAACUCAGACCGUCUCAGAACACACUCCAUUAACACUCCGUUUAACCUCAGUGUUUUUGAUAUGUGGCAAAAUGUCCACUAUCAAGUGCAGAGCUGUAGUGUGGUGGUAACACUUCUCAGCAUAAGUCACAUAUACAACUCCCCACCGGAGACUGGGGUUCGAUUCCCGCGUCCACCUUUCUCACUGUUUCUCCCACUUGGCUGUCUCCCCUUACGAUCUUCCUCACUGUCUGAAUAAAUUGUAAAAACUCCCAAAACAUAUUUUUUUCAACCCACUAUGAAAUAGCAUCCAGUCUGACAGUGCAACUGAAACAACCAGUAUGACUAUUAAUUACUGACAGUGGUAGAGAGGAGACUUAUCCCAUAGUUUGUUUCAAAAACUGCAUUUAAAGAAGUGUUUAUAUAGAUAGGCCUACUGUGGGCAUAUGCUAAAAAAUCAUCAAACCAUAUUGUUUAAAACAAAUCAGUAAACUCUUAACCAUCUAUCUGGAAUAUACUAUCUGUGAGUACUACACUCCUCAACCUUUACAUCACUGUGUAGCUACAAGAGAGCUGACGCACCCUAAGAUACCCUACGACACUUAAUAUCACCCUAUGACACCCUCUGACCCUCCCAACCUCAGAGACAAGCUCUCAGCAGCAUAGAACACAAGCAUCUCUUUGAUACCAUACUGUCUGACUCUCUACUCCCCUAAUCUCUGACCCCUGGUCAGUUAACAGGGCCUGUCCAACCCCUUCAAUCAGGCCUUUAUCUGUAACUGCAGCCCCCCAGGCUAUUAACAUUCACCAGCCACAUCACAGGCCUCUGACAUUUAGAAGAUUAAGAGAAAUAGACUGGGGAAGAGAGAGGGAGGCAAAAGGAUGUAGGGAGGAAGGGAGAGAGAGAGAGAUGUAGAGAGAGAGAGAGAGAGAGAGAGAUAGUAGAGCUGCGGAGACUAGCGAGGCGAGAGAAGAGGGUAUGAGCGAUUUUUUCCGCGCGGUUUCUCUCUCUGUCUCUGUGGGCUAUUUCUCUCUCUUUUCGUCUGAUCGCUUUUUUCUAUCGCCCAUGCGUUUGGCUCGCUUCUGGCUUCUCUCUUGCCUCUCUUCUUUCUCUUCUCGCUUUUCUCUUUUCUCCUCCUCUUUUCUCUCUCUCUUUUCUGCUCUCCCCUCGCCCGUUCCUUGGCUCUGGGUCGCUCUUUCCCCGUCAACCGUCCCAGAGGGGAGAGCGAGACAGAGAGAGAGACAGAGUGAGAGAGGAGAGCUGUGAAACACAAUGGACAAGACAGUCAUUCUCCUUGUCUGAUGCUAAUGAUACGUAAGUGAAGCUAAAGCGUGGACCCAACUGCUCCUGAGUCUAAAGGCAUCAACAUGCUUUGGUUGGGCUGGCGCCUAGCCGAGUUCAGCUACGUGAACCCAACAAAUGUCUCGCAUACUGCCUUUGUUUGAAAAACCAGAAAAAGCGGCAAUAGUACUGUUUGUCCAUCUUGAGACGCCUUAGCCAGUAUACCCUUCCCCAAAAUAGUCAAAACUAAUCGAAGAUAACUCAAGAAAUCUGUCAUUAUUUUGCACUUUUUGCAGAGGAGAUCUUAGUCGCACAAUUUUACAGCAGUAUUUGUUCAAGUGAACAAAAUGUGCAUGAAAACGAGUCGUCUAUCGUUGAAAGACAACAAACACUUCAUUGAAGAAUCCCUACUGUUGACCAAUGACCGACGAAGGGCCGUAGACUUCGGCUUGCCUCGAGAAAAAAAUGUGUGUGCAUCUUCGUCGAGGAGGGGGGGGGGGGGUUGUGUUUGCAUGGGCAUCUCCAGCUGCAGGCCUUGGCACCUGCUGGCCCCCUCAUACCCUCCUCACCCUGCCAAUCCCCUCCCGUCCUCCCCAUCUCCUUAGCAGUGACUCCUCCUGCCAGUUGCUAAUCCACAAGCAUGUUAAGGCUGCAGUGUUACGUUCCAGUGUGAUAGAUGUGCCUCGUGCAAUUCAAAGGCGCACUGCCGCUGCUAAAUCGUUGCCUCAACUGAAUAAAAAUAAGAGGCACUUUUAUGAUCUGAGUGACAACAUCAGAUCGUCUGGGAAACCUCCACGGUAACCAUCUAGCUAGCUUGUAAUCCUGGAAGUAUAGCCAACCAUAUUAAUACCCACAAACAUCCAAGUAAGGGCGUUCAUGCAAUAUUAGGUUGAGCAUUAGAUAUCUAAUACUUACUAAUAUCCAGUGGUUUUACAGAUCAAUGGACGGAAGCAUCUGGGAUCAGCUUGAGAGUGAUUAUCUGAUAAAAGCGUGGUCAUCUUCGCUCCAACAGCCACCCAUAUAUGGACUUCCAUCAAUAGCCCAGCUAUGUACAGUACAAUAAGACAGUCAGAGAUAUUGAUGAGGCACUGAUCUCUUACCUGAGACAGAGAUGGCACGCACCCCGGCGCUCCGGACCACCCCCUCUACUACCUUCUUCUCAUUGUUGGGUACCCUGCAGGGUAAAGGGCAGAGACCGAGUGGAUCAACAAGGGAAAUUCCCAAACCUAAAACCAGUUAGUAAAUCAACAGCGUCCACAGCAACUCCAGGAGGUUCAAGUGCAUUCCUGAAAACGAUCUCUGGGGCUAAAUGGAAAACAUCCACAAUAUUCUGAGAACCAUUCUCCUCCUGGAGCCACUGAACAGCCUUGGAAGGAUCUAGUGUUGAGGUGCAGGACCAAUAUGGGGACUAGGGAGGAGGAAUUCUGAGAAGAUCCUACUGUAGAGAACUAUUUAUCAGGAUUCUACCCCAGAACUGUUUAAACAGCUUUUUAGAAGAGUUUGUUAUUUGAGCUAAAGAGAGAGAGAGCAAGGCAUGUAGAGAGAGAGAGAGAGAGAGAGAGAGAGAGAGAGAGAGAGAGAGAGAUGUAGAGAGAGAGCGAGAGAGAGAGCCUUUACAAGUGUUUGAAAACACUAAGUGGAAAAUAUUUGGCUCCAUAACGUUUAUCCUUAUUUGACCAAAGCCCAGAGAGCCAAAGAGCAGAGAGGGAGAGGGAGGAGAGAGAGAGAGAGAGAGAGAGAGAGAGAGAGAGAGAGAGAAGAGGAGAGAGGAGCUAGUACUCCCAUCUUUUGUCUUCUCUCAUCCCCCUCUCGUUCUCUGUUCUCUCUCUAGCCUCUCUCUCUCUCUCUCUCUAACCUCGAGAGAGAGAGAAAAGGUGUGAUUGUGGAAAACACCCCUCUAGCUCUAGCUGAAAUAGGGUUGACCCCAUUUAGUCGACUGAUUGUUUGGUCGAUAGGCUGGUCGACCGAGAUUUUUUUAAAUCGAGCAGUGGCAAAUAUAUACAAAUAAUUUAUUCACGCCUGUCUGAGUGGAGUAAUCCAUUGCAGAGUACGCGGGGAUGGCAGACCAGUAUCACCCAGUAGUACAUUUACCGUUAAUUACCAUAAUUUUUAUUCUACAAUGUUUGUUUGGUUACUGUAAUGCAUUCAAUAUAUUAUUAUUACAGUCUUACCGUUGUCAUUGUAGGAGUGGGCACGUUGUUUGCAGAGUGCACAACCUAUGCUACACUUGUGAGGAAAAAGUUUUGGUUUAUUUCAUUCCAUUUACGAGUUGUCAAUUUAUUCAUUGUCUUUUGUUUGGAGCGCUUCUGUCAAUCUUGAGUAAGGACACGCACCUGAUUACGCAUAGAAGUAGGCCUGGGCUACCUGGCCUCUGCGCAAAUGUAGGCCUAUAAAUGUGCCCAUUUGGGGAUCUGAUACUAUUUCUGAUUGUCUUAACUCGGGGAUCUGAUACUAUUUCUGAUUGUCUUAACUCACCAUCAUUGUGUAGCUUCUCAAAGUAAUUUUUUCUUCGCCUCAAACUGAAAGUAAACAAAGUCUGUUUUUACAUCAAUUGAGAAUGACAAUAGCUCCUCAAUGUAGCCUAUUUGAAAAAUAUUUCCAGCUCUCUCCAAUGUUGCAAGUUUGCUAGUACAAGCUUUGGCCUGACCAAGUUAAUAGUUGAUAGAAUGUUUCAAGUUCCUUGCAGACAGGCCAUGCGUAGCCAAUGUGAUUUAUAGGAUAUUUAUUUUUAUCAGGAUAUUUUCUACCUGCAGGCUGCAAUGUUUUUAUAUGUUUGCUUUAUGUAGGCUACUUUUACAUAUUGGCAAUGGCAAUAGAAGUUACUUUUAGAUUUGUAUCAUUUUCAUUUAAGAUAGAAUUUUGAUUAACCACAUGACAUUGAUUUUGAGAUAUGAAGACUAUUAUAAAUUAAAUGAAACUGUUCCUCGGAAAUGUGCAUAUGGAAAUCAAAACUGGCACGUAGAUCAGUAGAAAUGGUACGAUAACUUUGUACUCCAAAUGGAAAAGGUUUGCCGACCGCUGCCGUAGCCUAUUACCGGCAACAGAGCUGACGCUAGGAGUCCUACAAAUAGAUUUACUGACCAGAUGGUUUCUUGUUUGUUUCUUUCUUUCUUACACAGUUCUUUAUGUUUACACUAUCAUAUAGGUUUUUAUGUGAAUGAACAUUCAAAAUAUACCCGUACCAUACAGUAGACCCUGAUGUUGUGUUUAUCUGUGGGGAUUGGGCAUGUGCCUCCCUUGUGAUAGAGGAGAUUGUCAGCAGCGUCCGAACAUCGCUGUUACAUUGAGUCAAAAGAAAAACAGAUGGGGUUGGUUGGUAGCAUUGUCCUGUAUGUACUGUUUUGUUUUUGGUUUGUGUUAUUGGGUUAGGUUGUGGGUGGGGGUUGUGGUUGGUGUGGUUGUGGGUGUGGUUUUUUGGUUUGUUUUGUUGUUUUUUUUGGUUUUUGUUUUUGUUUUUGUUGUUUUGUUUGUUUUUUUUUUUUUUUUUUGUUUUUUUUUUUUUUGUUUGUUUUGUUUUUUGUUUUUUGGUGGGUGGGGGGGGGGGGGGGAAUCACAAGCACAGGAGAGGAAUAGCCUGUUUCAAGUGUUCCCCUACUCCCCUCUACUCCCACAAAAGAAAGAGCAGACAGUCCAACUCCAAACAAGGCUUAACACCCCCCCCCCCCCCCCCCCCCCCCCCCCCCCCCCCCCAAAAAACAACAACAACAACAUAUCUGCUUCAAGCAAAGACUAAGGUGUUUUUUGUUGAAAAUAAACCAGAUCUCUAUCAGACUGAUAAAGGCAUUGAGUAUUGACAGUGAAUUCACCUACAACUACUAUCAAUGUGUAAUAAAGGCAUCGGGGAAGUCAUGACCACAACAAAACAAUUCUGUAUGAGUGUAUUUCCAAAUCAAACUACAACUGGAAACCUUAGAAAACGGGAAGAGUUAAAAAAUAACACUACAGUCUACUGUUGCGGCGAUUGCCUAAUGUUUGGAGAUGACCUAAUACAAUGCAGUCCAUUUAGACUGAAAUGAGAACAUCACACAAGGCAGAGUGAAUCUGUGACCAUCACUGGAGCAACGCAAUCUUGAAAACCUAGUAAUGUUAACACUCAAACCCAAACAAACUUCAACUACAGUAAUAAUUCUUAGUAGUAGUAUCUUUUUGAGACGGUGUGUGGGACAUCUGUGACUGCCACAACACAAUCGUCAACACCAUAAGCAGGUAAGCAGCCCCCAUACGAACUCAAACUGUAUAUAUUUGUGUGUGUGUGUGUGUGUGUGUGUGUGUGUGUGUGUGUGUCGAAGGCAGAGUGCAACUGUCAGUGUCCCACUAGCAACACAAUCUUAAAAACCAUCUAGUAAAAUGAACACACACUGGUACCUCCUGGUAUGUUUUUGAGACAGUGUGUGUGUGUGUGUGUGUGUGAGGAAGACGUACCUUUCUGUGGCCGUAUGAUGAAGGACUGGGUGGCUCCGUUGACCAGGCGACAGUAGCCGUCUAUGAGGUCGGCCAUGUUUUCAGCUGUGGUGAGUGACGGCGUGGUCACUGUGAGAGGCUGUGGACACAGAGCAGCAGCCCACAAAUAGUCAUUAUUAGCAGCACGGGCAGAGGGACAGGGCUGUUACAACUGUUCUGCUCUGACUGGGGCUGCCAGCUGCCCCUCCCAUCACACAUCAACUGUGUCAUCCUCUAUGGCUGACAGACAGAGUAGUAACCCAAUACUAUAAUCAUCCUCUAUGGCUGACAGACAGAGUAGUAACCCAAUACUAUAAUCAUCCUCUAUGGCUGACAGACAGAGUAGUAACCCAAUACUAUAAUCAUCCUCUAUGGCUGACAGACAGAGUAGUAACCCAAUAGUAUAAUCAUCCUCUGUGGCUGACAGACAGAGUAGUAACCCAAUAGUAUAAUCAUCCUCUAUGGCUGACAGACAGAGUAGUAACCCAAUACUAUAAUCAUCCUCUAUGGCUGACAGACAGAGUAGUAACCCAAUACUAUAAUCAUCCUCUAUGGCUGACAGACGGAGUAGUAACCCAAUACUAUAAUCAUCCUCUAAGGCUGACAGACAGAGUAGUAACCCAAUACUAUAAUCAUCCUCUAUGGCUGACAGACGGAGUAGUAACACAAUACUAUAAUCAUCCUCUAUGGCUGACAGACAGAGUAGUAACCCAAUACUAUAAUCAUCCUCUAUGGCUGACAGACAGACAGAGUAGUAACCCAAUACUAUAAUCAUCCUCUAUGGCUGACAGACAGAGUAGUAACCCAAUACUAUAAUCAUCCUCUAUGGCUGACAGACAGAGUAGUAACCCAAUACUAUAAUCAUCCUCUAUGGCUGACAGACAGAGUAGUAACCCAAUACUAUAAUCAUCCUCUAUGGCUGACAGACAGAGUAGUAACCCAAUACUAUAAUCAUCCUCUAUGGCUGACAGACAGAGUAGUAACCCAAUACUAUAAUCAUCCUCUAUGGCUGACAGACAGAGUAGUAACCCAAUACUAUAAUCAUCCUCUAUGGCUGACAGACAGAGUAGUAACCCAAUACUAUAAUCAUCCUCUAUGGCUGACAGACAGAGUAGUAACCCAAUACUAUAAUCAUCCUCUAUGGCUGACAGACAGAGUAGUAACCCAAUACUAUAAUCAUCCUCUAUGGCUGACAGACAGAGUAGUAACCAAAUACUAUAAUCAUCCUCUAUGGCUGACAGACAGAGUAGUAACCCAAUACUAUAAUCAUCCUCUAUGGCUGACAGACAGAGUAGUAACCCAAUACUAUAAUCAUCCUCUAUGGCUGACAGACAGAGUAGUAACCCAAUACUAUAAUCAUCCUCUAGUAACACAAAUGAAAGGGUCCAUUCAUACAGGGCGGAGCCCCGAGUGGAUGAAUGUAUGUUACAGUAAAAGUCAUCCCCAACAAGAAGACCUCUAUGUGGAACCAUUUGGAAAUGGCACACUUAUGUCCACUGCUCAGCUAAAUGUGGGGGGGAACAGGCUGAAAAUAUGUGAUUUUCUAAUGGGUGAAAUGAGCAGUAUUUACAAAAGUUUUUGCACCUUUUAAACACGUCGAGUCAUGUUGAUGAAGUCAACCUCAUGGUAAGGGAUAUGAUGAUAUGUGUGCAUCCUUAUGGUACUCUAUUCCUUACAUAUAUAAAGAAUAAGGUGCCAUCUGUGACACAACCAGGGUUGAUUGGUACCUCAGCAGCACCGGCCACGUUGAGCUGCAGCAUGCCCUUCCUCUCCUUGUCCUCCAUGACGGAGUACCCAAUGGUCUGCACCUGGGUGAAGUUGGCA